AUCCAAACAUACUCUCUAGAUACCUAACGAAGAUUCAAUUUGAAAGUGUCAAGGAGGGAAAACAAUGGACCACACGGUCCUUUUUUCCUCUGAACAUCAUGUUUCGCGGCUUCCACUCAUGCAAAUCGAGGAGAAUCUCCUACAAUUCAACUCCUACUUUUACUACAUUCACUGCUUCACCUUUUCCACCACUCAAAUCUCUUCUUUUCAAACCCCUUAACCCCAAUCAAUGUACCAAAUCACUGCAAGACUUGGUUGAUCAUUACAAGACAUCUACUUCCCAUUGCAACACCACCCUGUUUUCGAGUUCUGAAACGUUUGAGUCCCUGAUUAACCGAUAUCAAGGUUCUUGCUGCUCUCAAGAGGCUAGAGAGCUUCAUUUGCAAAGUAUCAAAUAUGGGUUUGUGGGCAAUUUGUUCCUAUCCAACACCCUUAUUAAUAUAUAUGUCAGAAUUGGCGAUCUGGGUUCAGCACAGAAGUUGUUUGAUGAAAUGUCAAAUAGGAAUUUGGUUACGUGGGCUUGCUUGAUUUCGGGUUAUACUCAGAAUGGCAAGCCUGAUGAGGCGUGUGCUCGUUUUCGGGACAUGGUUAGAGCAGGGUUUAUUCCGAAUCAUUAUGCUUUUGGUAGUGCUUUACGGGCGUGCCAGGAGUCUGGGCCAAGUGGGUGCAAACUUGGGGUGCAAAUUCAUGGUUUAAUUUCGAAAACACGGUAUGGAUCCGAUGUGGUUGUUUGUAAUGUGCUGAUUUCCAUGUAUGGAAGUUGUUUAGAUUCUGCUAAUGACGCUCGUUCUGUUUUUGAUGGGAUAGGAAUUAGGAAUUCAAUAUCAUGGAAUUCAAUCAUUUCUGUUUAUUCUCGUAGAGGAGAUGCUAUUUCUGCAUAUGAACUUUUCUCAAGCAUGCAAAAGGAAGGCUUAGGAUUCAGUUUUAAACCCAAUGAGUAUACUUUUGGCAGCUUAAUAACCACAGCCUGCUCUUCUGUUGAUUUUGGUUUGUGUGUGCUUGAGCAGAUGCUUGCCAGGGUUGAGAAAUCAGGAUUCUUACAAGAUUUGUAUGUAGGUAGUGCUUUGGUUAGUGGUUUUGCAAGGUUUGGGUUAACAGACGAUGCUAAGAAUAUUUUUGAGCAGAUGGGUGUGAGGAAUGUGGUUUCCAUGAAUGGGCUGAUGGUUGGAUUGGUAAAGCAGAAACAAGGAGAAGCAGCAGCUAAGGUAUUCCAUGAGAUGAAGGACUUGGUUGGAAUAAACUCUGAUUCUUAUGUGGUCCUUUUAAGUGCUUUUUCCGAAUUUUCUGUGUUGGAAGAAGGAAGAAGAAAGGGUAGAGAAGUUCAUGCACAUGUAAUCCGAACUGGAUUAAAUGACAAGAAGGUUGCAAUUGGAAAUGGGCUAGUCAAUAUGUAUGCCAAAUCUGGAGCCAUUGCUGAUGCUUGCUCCGUUUUUGAACUCAUGGUUGAGAAAGAUUCAGUCUCUUGGAACUCCCUAAUCUCUGGUCUUGACCAGAAUGAAUGUUCUGAAGAUGCAGCUGAGAGUUUCCUUAGAAUGAGGAGAACUGGAUCGAUGCCUUCAAAUUUCACAUUGAUAAGCACUUUGAGCUCUUGUGCAAGCUUGGGUUGGAUCAUGUUGGGGGAACAAAUACAUUGUGAUGGGCUUAAAUUAGGACUUGAUACAGAUGUUUCAGUCUCAAAUGCCCUUCUUGCAUUGUAUGCAGAGACUGGAUGUUUCACUGAAUGCCUAAAAGUGUUUUCCUUGAUGCCAGAGUAUGAUCAAGUUUCAUGGAAUUCUGUUAUUGGGGCAUUAUCCGAUUCAGAGGCAUCAGUUUCCCAAGCUAUGAAAUAUUUCUUGGAAAUGAUGCGAGGCGGAUGGGGUCUUAGUAGAGUAACCUUUAUAAACAUUCUUUCAGCUGUGUCAUCUCUUUCACUUCAUGAAGUAAGCCAUCAGAUUCAUGCUCUGGUGCUAAAAUACUGUCUUUCUGAUGACACUGCUAUUGGGAACGCCCUUCUCUCUUGCUAUGGGAAGUGUGGAGAGAUGAAUGAGUGUGAGAAAAUUUUUGCUAGAAUGUCUGAGACAAGGGAUGAAGUGAGUUGGAAUUCCAUGAUUUCUGGAUACAUACAUAAUGAACUCCUGCACAAGGCAAUGGACUUGGUCUGGUUUAUGAUGCAGAAGGGUCAGAGAUUAGAUAGCUUCACCUUUGCCACCGUUCUUAGUGCAUGUGCCUCAGUUGCAACAUUGGAGCGUGGCAUGGAAGUUCACGCAUGUGGGACUAGAGCUUGUUUGGAUUCUGAUGUUGUAGUUGGGAGUGCACUUGUAGACAUGUACUCCAAAUGCGGAAGAAUAGACUAUGCUUCAAGAUUCUUUGAGUUGAUGCCCCUGAGGAAUGUAUAUUCAUGGAAUUCAAUGAUAUCAGGAUAUGCACGACACGGGCAUGGGGAGAAAGCUUUAAAGCUUUUUACACGAAUGAAGCUAGAUGGUCAACCACCCGAUCAUGUCACCUUUGUUGGGGUCUUAUCAGCUUGUAGCCAUGUGGGGUUUGUAGAAGAAGGGUUUGAGCAUUUCAAAUCUAUGAGUGAGGUAUACAGGUUGUCUCCUCGGGUGGAGCACUUUUCAUGUAUGGUGGAUCUUCUUGGGCGGGCAGGCAAACUCGAUGAGGUAGGGGACUUCAUCAAUAGCAUGCCAAUGAAGCCUAAUGUUCUCAUUUGGAGGACAGUUCUUGGGGCUUGCUGUCGAGCAAAUGGUCGCAACACAGAGUUGGGUAGGAGGGCUGCUGAAAUGCUUUUGGAGUUAGAACCUCAAAAUGCUGUGAACUAUGUGCUUCUUGCUAACAUGUAUGCCUCUGGAGAGAAGUGGGAAGACGUUGCAAAGGCUCGGACGGCAAUGAAGGAGGCGGCAGUGAAGAAGGAAGCAGGCUGCAGUUGGGUCACCAUGAAGGAUGGAGUUCAUGUUUUUGUAGCUGGAGACAAAUCACACCCUGAAAAAGACUUGAUAUAUGACAAACUCCGGGAACUGAACAGAAAAAUGAGGGAUGCAGGGUACAUUCCGCAGACAAAAUAUGCACUGUUUGAUCUGGAGCUGGAGAACAAGGAAGAACUCCUGAGAUACCACAGUGAGAAAAUUGCAGUUGCCUUUGUCCUCACUCGCCAGUCAGCAUUGCCUAUAAGGAUAAUGAAAAAUCUCCGGGUUUGUGGUGACUGUCACUCUGCCUUUGGAUACAUUUCAAAGAUUGUUGGUCGACUAAUAGUCCUACGAGAUUCAAACAGAUUUCAUCAUUUUGAAGAUGGCAAAUGUUCAUGUGGGGAUUACUGGUAAUCAACUUCUUGGUGCCAUUUUUGUAGACCUAGGUAUGUAAAAGCUUAACUCGUCAUUUGGGAGACACUGAUGGAAUAUACUCAACAUUAUUUUAUAUGGGUUGAAGCAGAUUAUGAGAGGGGACUAGCCAUGAUUUUAUAA